AUGCCUCCCUUUUAUUCCAUUCCGCGCUUCCAGAUUUCUUCUCUCUCUUCUUUCCUUCUCAUCAACCCAACACUCCACUCUUCUAUCAACAACUCACUUCAUACCCCAACUACCACUCUCCUAUCAACACUCAUCUUACUUCUAUCACAACCAUACCUCCCCACCUCUUACCAACCAUCCGCAAUCAUGUGUUACCACCUUGUGACCACCACCUACUGCCGCCGCUGUGGUGCGGUUGUCAAGGUGAAUGAACGGGACCUCAAGUGUGAUCAACGACGACAAAACCGAAUGCCAUGGCAUACUACUCUUACCGUCGACCACAGAACGAACUAUGCCCAUUGGACCGAAUGCCCUGAUUGCAAGUACGAGUACGAGGUGUACCGCCACGCCCGUGAAAACGGCAUUCCUUAUCCCAUCCCGAAUCCGCCGUUCAAUUGA